CAAGUCGAUGUGUGUGGAUUACAGGGAUGCUGUGAAAUGGGGGUGGACCAAAAUGUUGAGUGACAUUCCUCGGGACGCCCUCCUCCGCCCUCUCACCCGGAAUGAGGUGGUGGGGAUGUUGGUGAGACUGACCAUCUUUGGAGCUGCAACAUAUUACAGCAUCAAAUGGGUGGUGGAGGCUUUUGACCCGACACAAAAACAAAAAAACCAGGCCAAGAAAAGGGCAGAGCAGUUGAUGAAGCAAAUAGGUGUAGAGGGCGUCAGUCUGACGGAGUAUGAAAUGAACAUCGCAACUCUUCUUGUCGAUCCACGCAGCAUCAAAGUGACCUGGAGAGAUGUUGCUGGACUAGAUGAGAUCAUCUCAGAGCUGCAAGACACUGUCAUCUUGCCUUUCCAGAAACGUCACCUCUUUUGUGGUUCCAAACUCUUGCAACCUCCCAAAGGUGUACUAUUGUAUGGGCCACCAGGAUGUGGAAAGACUUUAAUUGCGAAAGCAACAGCGAAAGCAUCUGGAUGCCGCUUUAUUAAUCUCCAGGCCUCCAUUGGGGUUAGUGAAUUUUUUGAAAGAAAUUACUCACCAAAUCAGCGUGUAUUCUCACUGGCUGUCAAGAUUCAGCCCUGCAUCAUUUUCAUUGAUGAAAUAGAUUCAUUCUUGAGGAAUCGUUCCAGUAUGGACCAUGAGGCCACCGCUAUGAUGAAAGCCCAGUUCAUGAGUCUGUGGGAUGGACUAGACACAAACGCAAGCAGCCAGGUAAUGGUGAUGGGGGCCACAAACAGACCACAGGAUGUGGAUGCAGCAAUACUGCGCAGAAUGCCCACAACCUUUCAUGUAGGCCUGCCUAAUGCAGCUCAAAGAGAAGAAAUCCUUAGACUUAUUCUGUCUGGAGAAAAUUUAAGUAAUGCAAUUAACCUGAAAGAAAUAGCGGAUCAAACCGAGGGCUACUCCGGCAGUGAUCUGAAAGAGCUUUGCAGGGACGCUGCCAUGUACCGCGUUAGAGACUAUGUCCGCAAACAGCAGAUGAAACAGAUCGCACAACAGUUCCAGCUGGAUGAAGAAGAGCAUGUGGACAGCACGCAGCUGAGGCCCGUGACUCAACUGGACCUGCUGUUUGGCCUAGAUAAGAUGAGAGAAUCCAAACAGGCCACAGCUACAGCUGACCCAGCAAAUCUGAGAGAGGUGCCUCUGGACUGAAAACCUCUCACUUUACACGCUCAUACACUCAUUUUAUCUCUCUCACUUCUUUCUUUCUGCCUCAUCUUUUGCCUUUCCUUUUUAAAUUAUUUUUCUUCGUCUUUCACAUUUGUUACAUCUUAAACAUUUUAAGUUUGCACUAUAAUGAAUUUACCGUCAGAUACUCAAGACAGUAACCAUGUGCAUAUUUAUAAUAACA